CCUCUCCGGCGCUGCCUCGAGGUGAUUCAUGGCAGGGGACGUGGAAGGGUUUAGCUCCUCCAUCCAUGACACCAGUGUCUCUGCUGGAUUCAGAGCACUGUAUGAGGAGGGAUUGCUUCUUGAUGUCACACUUGUCAUUGAAGACCACCAGUUUCAGGCCCAUAAAGCCCUGCUUGCCACCCAGAGUGAUUACUUCAGGAUUAUGUUCACAGCUGACAUGCGAGAACGAGAUCAGGACAAAAUCCAUUUGAAAGGUCUGACAGCUACAGGCUUCAGUCAUGUCCUCCAAUUCAUGUACUAUGGAACUAUUGAACUGAGUAUGAACACUGUUCAUGAAAUCCUUCAGGCUGCCAUGUAUGUCCAGCUGAUAGAGGUGGUAAAAUUUUGCUGCUCUUUUCUCUUAGCUAAGAUCUGCUUAGAAAACUGUGCAGAAAUUAUGAGACUUUUGGAUGAUUUUGGUGUAAACAUCGAAGGAGUCAGGGAAAAAUUGGACUCCUUUCUACUAGAGAAUUUUGUGCCGCUCAUGUCCAGACCUGACUUUCUUUCCUAUCUCAGCUUUGAAAAGCUCAUGACUUACUUGGAUAACGAUCACCUGAGCAGGUUUCCAGAGAUAGAGCUCUAUGAAGCCGUUCAGGCUUGGCUGCGCCAUGAUAGAAGACGCUGGAGGCAUACGGACACCAUCAUUCAGAACAUCAGGUUUUGUUUGAUGACACCAUCCAGUGUUUUUGAGAAGGUAAAAACCUCCGAGUUUUACCGGUACUCCCGGCAGCUGCGACACGAGGUUGACCAAGCCAUGAAUUACUUCCAUAGCGUUCACCAGCAGCCCCUGAUGGAAAUGAAAUCGAACAAAAUCCGUUCCGCCAAGCCGCAGACUGCCGUGUUCAGAGGAAUGAUAGGCCACAGCAUGGUGAACAGCAAAAUUCUCCUCCUGCACAAGCCCCGGGUCUGGUGGGAACUAGAAGGUCCCCAGGUCCCUUUGCGGCCCGACUGCCUGGCCAUUGUGAACAACUUUGUGUUCCUGCUGGGCGGCGAGGAGCUGGGGCCCGACGGGGAGUUUCACGCCUCGUCCAAAGUGUUCCGCUACGACCCACGGCAGAACGCGUGGCUCCGCAUGGCCGACAUGUCCGUGCCGCGCUCCGAGUUCGCCGUCGGCGUCAUCGGCAGGUACGUGUACGCCGUGGCGGGCAGGACGCGGGACGAAACGUUCUACUCGACGGAGCGCUACGAUAUCACUGAGGAUAAGUGGGAGUUUGUGGAUCCUUACCCGGUCAAUAAAUACGGACACGAGGGGACUGUGCUUGGGAACAAGCUGUACAUCACCGGGGGCAUCACGUCCUCUUCGACUUCGAAGCAAGUGUGUGUCUUUGACCCCAGUAAGGAAGGGACGGUGGAGCAGCGCACGAGGAGGACGCAGGUGGUCACCAACUGCUGGGAGAACAAAUGCAAGAUGAAUUACGCGCGGUGCUUCCACAAGAUGAUUUCCUACAACGGGAAGCUCUACGUGUUUGGUGGCGUCUGCGUGAUCCUGAGGGCCUCCUUUGAGUCUCAGGGGUGCCCCUCCACGGAGGUGUACGACCCGGACGCCGACCAGUGGACCAUCCUGGCCUCCAUGCCCAUCGGGAGGAGCGGCCACGGCGUGGCCGUGCUCGACAGGCAGAUCAUGGUGCUCGGCGGCCUCUGCUACAACGGGCACUACAGCGAUUCCAUCCUCACCUUCGAUCCGGAGGAGAACAAGUGGAAGGAGGACGAGUACCCCAGGAUGCCGUGCAAGCUGGACGGGCUGCAGGUGUGCAGCCUGCACUUCCCCGAGUACGUGCUGGAGCACGUGCGGCGCUGCAGCUAGAGCGGGCUGCCGCAAAAGCCAGGAGCCUCACGGUGUCUUCUCUUGUCUUGCUUUGCUUCUUUGAUUUUUACAAACAAUUCCCCUGCAUCACUCCACUUGUGAAAUCGUUAAGAGGAUCUGUGGAAGGAAAAGAAGGACUUUGAUUCUCAAUUAAAAAAAAGGAAAUGAAAAGGGGAAAAAAAAAGAAAUUAGAACUCAUGAGCUGUACCUAGGUGCAAGCAGACUUAAAGGAACAAAACUAAAUGGUAUUUUAUGCCCUCUUUGGAAACUUUUCCCAUUAAUUGCCAGGUAUUCUCAGUUCUACUGGGCGUUUUUGUUUUCCCUUAAGAAACAUGUGAGGAUAAUCUUAAGGCCUUUGCAUGCGUUUUUUCCCUGGUUUUGUAUAGUAGGACCAGUAAGUCAGCCAAAAUGCAAAUUAUACAUUUUCUACUAAAUCAAAAAUGAAACAUUUUUAUAUUCAAAACACUAUUUCUAUGCUGCCUUCUAUUGUCUGCAUUGUGUUUGUUGGUGGUAAAAUAUAUGCACACACAUGCAUACACUGUAAAGUCUCUAUAUAAAUGCAUCUUUUUAUGUGCAGUUAGGCUAUUAUAUUUUAACUAGUGCACAGAUUCAGCCAUAUCUGUUGAAUUUUAGGUAUAGUAUUAUCCUUUAAUGAGCUAAAUAAUUAAAAAUUCUUAAGUGACUAGAGGCCUCGUUUGGUAACAAAGUAUCUUAUCUUUAGCAUAUACUGAUUGAUUCAGUAACUUUGAAUGCUAUAUUGAUGCUAUGUAAUGAACUGUUGAUAAUUUGUUAUUUUAUAUAUUUUUUUUUAAAGUAAAUAUAUCUUACC